GCGGAACGCGGCGAAUUGAACCGAACCGAACAUGGUUCGAGGUGAAACGUGAGGUUGCUCCGCGUUGUCUCGCAGAUAUCGAUUGGUCCCGGCGCGGGCUCGGAUCGCGCGUCAUGCGGCGAUCAUGAGCGGCGUGUCUCCGCGUCACAACGACGACGACGACGACGACGACGAAUCUUGGGCCGAAAUCGCAUCGCGUGAGAUCUAACGCGAGGAUUAUUGAUUGUUUUAGAAUAUUGCUAUAUUAUCCUAUUCAUAAUGGACCACACAAUAAGUACAAGUGGAUAUAUAAAUAUGAAGAUCAUGAGGCAGUCACAUAUUGCCUGUGGUUCUAUUUUUCAGGGGAUGAUGUGGAAAUACCAAAAAUUCUGGGUUCUAUAAACUCUUCAGUGCACAGUUGAAAGAAAGGAAAACUGAGAUGGACUCCCCACCAUCAUGUUCGCUAAGCGCUGGACCUCUCAGUGAUCUUGGUAGCAGUGGCCUGGGGGGUUCAAUUUCCAGUGAUUCUGUACGAGCACAUCUUGCGAUAGAGAUGCAGGAAAGCGAUAUAGAGAGCAAGUCUUUAUCGCAAGAUUCCUUUGACUACUCAGACGGCAUGUGCGGCGAAAACUUUAAUACCUUGAAGAAGGGUCCAGGCUGGAGUGAUGCGGAUGGCAAACUGGAAGUCGAGGUGGUCGACGUAGCGAUCAAACCACCGCCGGAGUUUCAAGAUAGCCCGUCACCGCCGGACUCGGAGUCUUCGUCGGCGCCAAUUUUAAGUUAUGCGCGAUUGAUGAGACGAAUGCCGCGCUGGAUGGACGACUACGCAGAGAGCUUGAUGCAGUUGGUGGUGGAGGAAGCGCUAGCGAUCUCAUGUCGCAUUUCCUGGCCAGAGGGAAGGAUUGCGCCGGCUACGAACCCAGUACCAGUAGUAACGCGAGUACAGCAGUCUAAUUCUAAGCGUAUGUGGGACCUGAUGGCACCCCCAGUAUGCCAGGGUGCUGCCACCAUUACUAUUACUCCUUACAACACGCUGAACCGGCCGAAUUCGCGCUGUUCUUUGGCUUCCUCUAGGCUAUCUAGCUCGCACAAUUCGAUUAACACCACUGGACUUGGUCAUAAGGCCGAUGAUAGUAGUUUUAUCACGUCCGCGAUGUCACAUGACGUGCUCACCACUAGCGAGAUCAGUGAUAUGUACAACGUACCAUUCGAUUCGGAUAUCUAUACGGUACCAAUUGACGUGAUACGACCGCUGCAUGAUCUGCGGACGCCGCAGAGGCCCAAACGUCACCGGCAUCAUCGCAAGAGACGGCGGAACGUGUCCGCGAGCUCACAGAGUGAACUAGAAGCUCACAUUCAACAGGCGCGUCACUAUUGCGGCAAAUCCCGGGCCAUCACACACGUUAUUAAAUCACAACGUUUGCUGGCCGAAGUAUGCUGCAAUGAUGGCAAUAUCGGUGUUGGAGUUGGCGGUGGUGGCGGAAGUGGUGGUGGUGGUGGCGGCGGUGGCGGUGGUAGCGGCGGCGGCGGUAAACGGCACAGUGUGCCUGGCACUUCUGGUCGUCACGGUGUCAGGACAUCAAAUGGGCAUGCACACAACAUCGGCGAACCGAUCCACAUGACGCUGCACGAGGUGCGACAGUACCUACAGACAUUGUAUUCGAGCUCCAGCGAUUCAAGUGAAAACAAGAUAAAACGAGACAAGGCACCGUUGCUCGGCCACACGUCGGUGCAUCUCGCUGCAACACCCAAGGCCCUCAGUGUAAAUAACAAUAAUAGGUAUAGCAGUAACGCGCACACAGACUCGUCCACGGACACACCGGUAUCCAAUAAAAGUACCAGUAACGGUCUAAUGAUCCAUCACCAUAACAAUAACAACAACAAUAACAAUAACCACAACAAUAAUAAUGGUAACAACGCGAAGAAACAUAAGAGGAACACAUUUGUCGGCAUUAGGCAUAAGAAGGCGCGCGACGAGUCGCACAAAGAAAAGAGCGAGUCCGAACGGGAAAAAAUCAAGAAGAGCCAACGCAACUUCUCGCUUAAUCUCAAGCAGACGCUAUGCAACAUCUUCCGAUUUCGCCGAUUGGGCUCGCCGGAUCAUUUCGUGGAGAAGCGCAACAGUAUCGUGCAGGGAGAGAUCGUCGAGGAGGAAGAAGUAGGUGUUGAUUCCGACCAGCAUACGAUUAACAACAACAACACCACGUCCGAGACUGAGCCAUCCACGCAGAAGCUGCCGUUCUUCAAGCGCGCGCUGCCUCCCCUGCCCAAAAGCAGUAAUGGCCAAGUAAACGUGGAACAGGCAGAGGAAGCCCUCACGGUGAUGGUGCCCAAGUGCGAGUCACCGAGCUCGGUGCAGCAGGUCCCGCUAUCAGCUGCGCGACCCGAGGAAGACGUCGCGGAGGACACGAGUAUGGAUUUUGCUGCUAGCAUCGAGAAAGUGAAGGAUUAUGGGUGGUAUUGGGGACCUAUAUCUGGCGAAGCAGCGGAGAAGAUACUAUCCAAUGAGCCGGAUGGCUCAUUUAUUGUACGAGAUAGUAGCGACGAUCACUACAUAUUCUCUCUGUCGUUCAGACUCAACAGUUGCGUGCGACAUGUAAGGAUAGAGCAUGAUCAGGGUAAUUUUAGCUUCGGCAGCUGUACGAAAUUCAAAUCGCAUACUAUCGUCGACUUUAUCGAGAACGCGGUCGAACAUUCGCGCAGCGGUCGCUAUCUCUUCUUUCUGCAUCGGCGGCCAGUGUUAGGGCCAAUGAGAGUACAACUGCUCCAUCCGGUGUCGCGAUUCAAGCAAGUUCAGAGUCUGCAGCAUACGUGCAGGUUCGUUAUUCUGAAGAUGGUACGCAGGGACCUGAUACCGACCCUGCCGUUGCCGCGUCGACUCAUUGAUUAUCUCAGCACGCCGCACUACUAUAGUGAGCAAUUAGCAGCCGAGCAGGACGACCGGGCUGAAUCGCCCGUCAGCUCGUCGACAGGUGAGCUGGAGAAGAUCUGCUUUACGCCGCAAGGCCUGUCGUGAGGUACAGCCGCGCGACUCUUCCCUCCUACUCCUCCUCCGCCCCAUUCUCUGUGCAAAGAGACACUCGUGCCGAACGUCGCCCACGACGUUAACGGAAAUUUAGUUCGCCGCUUAACUGAAUUUUUCAUGGACAUAUAUAAAAAUUUGGAUCGCGUCCCGAUUGAAUUUCUACUGACGCGCAAGAGUUUAAUAUAUAGGUCGCUUGCUCUGUAUCUUGUCGUAGAUUUUUCGUCGUCGUGUCAGUACGUUACUGGAAACACGUGUGCGUGGUUCAAUUUAAUUCAUUUAAUUAAUUUUUUGCUUACGCGUAAAUAUUUAUUUUGUUACUAGAUCAAAUAUAUACGUUCGUCUACACGCAAAGGUAUAAUAGUUUUAUUGAAGUUUUGUUAACGUGUUAGAAUUUAAUUUGCUGUGUUAAAUUGAAUUUCGGUUAACAUAAAGGAAUUCAUUUGAUGGUUUAAUUAAAUCAUUGCCGACACACGAAAAUAUAAUUCGCGAGCGAAUGAAAUUUUACUUAUGUACUGUAAUUUAAUUCUCGCGGCUCAAUUAGAUUUUUGUUAUCGUCAGCCGUGACGCUAAGGUUAACGAUUACGCCUGUGAUUUUGAUUUUGAUGAUUUUGACGGCGUAUCGAUUCGUAAAGUAUUGUGAUUACACUUGAAAGUAGAAACUUAGAGGAAUUUCAGUGUGCACUAUAUAUCUAGAGCUGUAAGUUAUAGUCUCGUCUCAAAUUAUCUGAUUUUUUCUUUUCAGAGAAAAAGAUCAAUUUCAUUUCGUUUCGACACAAGCUGCGAUAUUUCAUACAGCUACAAUUUAUUUUACGCGCAAGGGACAAUGAUAUUAGUGUUCUUUCCUUUUCUAACGAUGAUAAUUGCAGAAAUAUUGAAAUAUAUUAUUUCGAGUGAACAACAUUUUCGCGAAUACAUUAUCUUUUAUUUGAAAAAGGACACAAAGAAUCAAUCACUUCGUAAUUUUAGUCAAUUUCAUAUCUGGGAUAUGAAAUUAUUCUUGAAAUAGUUGCGUAUACGUAAGUUUUACUGCGAAGCUAUUUAUGGUAUGAUUAAACCUGCGCAGUAAAACUUAUGUAUACGCAACUAUUUUAAGAAUAAGGACCCUGUUCUAAAUAUUGCUUAAAUAUGAUCUAUUUUUUUUUCUAAUGUCGCUUUUUUCCUUUGCGAUCAACAAACGCAGUUCUGUACAGCUUGUACUGCAGCUAAGAUUAAUGACCCGUGGAAAAUUGUUUUCGUGAAAUAGGCAAUUAACCGAAGCGGUUAAUUGAGCAGAAAUUUAUCGACCAAAUUGUUUUUUCAUCUUCUAUCAAAUGACUCACUUAACAAUUACGUCUCCGUUGGCGUUGAUUUCCAUAGUGCAAUUUUAGAGACGAUGAAACAGAGGAACGCUCACCGAGCUGAGCACAAAACAAAUUUUGUAUAGUCCCUUCUAGUUCAAUUCCUUUCUGUCGACUGUAACGAAUGGCAAGAUUACAUGUGUGUAUGGGUAAAUAUGUGUGUGUGUGUGUGUGUGUGUGCGUGCGUGCGCGUCUGUGCAUGCGUGCGUGCGUAUGUGUGUAUGUGACAUAAGCAACGCACAAUAUCUGUUUAUAUGUAUACAUGCAUAUGAGAGAGAGAGAGAGAGAGAGAGAGAGAGAGAGAGAGAGA